UUGUAGAGCCAAGCAGAAUGAAACAGACCUGGUUAGCGCGAGGCCGCCUCCUGGAAGUCGCGUUUACUGUUUUCUCAUGAUACUUAUAACUAAGAUCGCGAUGCAAGUCAAGUGAGAGAAUAAAGACUCGCAUGAAGUUUACAAUCUCUUGUCAAAGGACAAGAGGAAGAAGCCACUGAUAAAGACAAUUUGUGAUAAGCGGAAAUAAUCGCAGUGUUUAUAGUGCAAAUUACCGAGUCUUGAACUAGUGCAUGGAAAAUUUACGAGGAAUCAUCGAAAAGUUGAAUAACGUACGUGAUUUUUUAAUGAGUAAUUAGAGUCCUCGAGAUCAAUUGCCUGGAAGAGUCUUAACAUAUGUCUCAGACUAUAAGCGAUAAGGAUUUGGUGGUAGAAAUUCGAAAUAUCUUGAUGAAUUAAUCCAACUGAUCAUUGAUAACGAAUGGAUAAUUUGACGAUUCGCAUCCAAAUAUUAAGUCAACAUUAAUUUUGAAACGCAUUCUUCGUUAUUUAUAGAUAAAAGACGACGGAGUACGAGAGCCUAUCAUUCCAGUGAGAAAAUUCAACUGUUGAUGAUUUGAGUUAUCAUUUUAACAGGAAUGGCUUCUCACGUAGAAAACUUGUCGUUCAAAGUUCAGUAUCCACUAAGUCCGACUUCCAGCAUUUCUUCGGAGAGAUCAACUCCAUCGCCCGAUUCAGGAUUAGAAUGUCCUCAGAGUCUAGCGAGUGAUUCGAAUUUUCUUCAGCUGAGGUCCGAGCAUCAAGUGUCUAGACGAAAGAACUCAACGUCAUCAGAUGCUUCAUACGUCUCCACAAAUCUAAGCCACGACGGAGGUUUUUCAGACACUCCGGAUGAGAUAACUACGCCUUCUAACAUAGACGAUGAUAUCCUAGAGAAGUUCGAUGGUCUGGAAUGUUCUCCGAGGAACUCCAACCUGAAUAACCCAGAAAUUACUGUCGACAUUAUCAGUGUGCAAGAAGAUUUUUCCAACGAAGAUGAUGACGAUGAUCUGCAGGAAAGAGGACCCGAGCCAAAAUCAAAGCACAAUCGUAAAAAACCUUAUGAGAACUGCAGCGAUUGGUUGCAAUCAAUGGAAAAUCAGACUUAUUCCCCUGAACUUGAUUCCUCAGCCCAACAGAUUUUGAGUGAUCCACAGUUGAGGGACAAGAUAACACUCUGCCUUGAUCAGCUGACUGACGAUAAUGAGGGACAAAGGAAUUGUGUAAAUAAUGAGUGGAUUGGCACCUCUGUGGGAAGUGAUCCUACGUGCAACAGCCAUUCCAAUGAGAGGUCAAUAGCAUUCAUUCCUUCCAUUAUUCUUCAUCAGGAUUGUCUUCCGAAUGAAGAACAAUUGAUGUUCAUCGAUCUCCAAAAAUUUCAAGCAGCGCAAUCAGACACGAAUAAUCCACAUCCAUCACCGGCUGCCAGUUCGGAUAAUUGGCCGGAUUCGCCCAGCAGCUACAAUUUCUUAUCAUCAAGAUCACACAGUCGUGCUUCGAGUCGAGCUCAAUCUCCCGGAUCUUUGGGAAAUAUUGGGUCGCCUCUGGUUUCACAUUCAGUGGCUGGAAGUCCACCGCAAAACAGACUCACACCAUUUAGACAGCCACGUCCUCAAUCAACGUCAUCAUCAUCCAAUUACUCAUUUGGAGAUACGCCCAGUCCGUCGAAUUACAUCCAAUCAAUUGAUCGAAGAAUUGAAGAUCAACUUGGGAGACACUUUGGAAAUAUCAGAACCUGCGAAAGCUGUGAAUCAUCAAGUACAAUUGUCAAUAGUGAAACAAUUGACGACAUCAAUUGUCGGAUUCAGAUGAUGAACGAGGUCAUCAGGGACAACCGUGACCAAGACGAAAUGCAAGUUGUUCCCAAAUACCAGCGUGACUCUAUAACCUGCAGAAUGCCGGACAAAAAUUUCGACCGAAACAACUACCUUUAUCCCGACUCGAUAUAUCCCAAUGCUGUUUCUGAUCUUGGAAAUACUGGGAUUCUCAUCAACUCAGCACAGAACAAUCUCAUUUACGCUGAGUUCAACUAUAACUUCAACCAGAGUGCUGUGGAUAAUCUGCAGGAAGGAAGUAGUACUGACCAGAGUUUUCCAGCUUCCGAACCUGUGACUGACUUUGUCGCUGAACUUGAAGACAUAACACAAACUUACAAUUCCCAAAAUAAUGCGGGAUCACAGAUGUACCUGAAUCAGAGUUCGGAGAUUCUUGGGUUACCAGAAUCGGAAACCAACUACAAUAUUCGACCCGGAGAUGUUCGUCAUAUAUCCCCGCAGUACGAAACACACCAACAAUUUGGUAAUCCCGAGCAACCUUCAACUUCUUCAACCUUCGACAACUUCCCCAUUCCAAAACCAGUCUCGCAAUACAGAUCAAGCAAUUCCCAAAGGAAUUCGUUCAGAAAGAUAUCACCCUGGUCGUUGCUCAAUCUUCCAGCGACAUCGUCAAGUGAAACGUUGAAGGCGCAGGUUGAUCCCGAAGAACUGGAGACUGCCAUGAGGUGUCUCUUGAAGAAAUCGAACAGCAAACUGAUGAUGCCAGACGAGCACAAUAAUGCCGAUGGUGAUACGAUGCUUAUGUACAUCGUCAGCAGCCCUUCAGAAUUGGAGACGAUGAAGGCAUACUUGGCACCUCUGGUAGAGCGCCUCGGGCAAAUUCCUAAUGGGCUUUCGAAAAUGAAUAACCGAGGAGAAGACGCGUUAUACCUAGCUGCUAUGAACUGUCCCCAGGUGCCUCAUGUCGCGGGAUAUCUGGCGGCAGCGAUGCUUCAAAAAGGAAUUGAUAUUAGUCAGCGAUUAUAUCAGACUCGCGGCGACACAUUGAUUCACGCGGUAGCGGUUCGUGGUGAGACCCACAAGUCAGUUUUAGCUGAAUUGCUAUCCCUGAAAACCGCUCAGGGUAAUUCUGUAUUCGAUCUAUCAAAACGCAAUUACGAUGGAAGAACAGCAUUGCACGUAGCGGUAGAAGCGCACGAUCCGUCGGGUUCGGGAAAUGAUUCAAUUUCCAUCGUGCGAUUACUUCUCGAAAAUGGAGCUGAUCCCAAAGUUGAAGAGACAACGCAUGGUAACACCGCUCUACACUUAGCGAUUUCUUUGUCCAGCGAUCCAAGUCUUAUCCGAACCCUGUUAGCGGGAAAAGGCUGCGAGGUCGUGAAUGUUUUCAAUCGAAACAGAAACACGCCUUUGCACAUGGCAGCAGCAAUGUCUGAUAGAGUAAGCUUGGAUGUUCAGAAAGACAUUUGCAUGAACUUGAUCAGAGCGGGGGGAUUAACGAACAUCGCCAACGGCCAAGGGAGAACGCCUCUGGCUCUCGUGUCUUUCGCACGAAAAGACUUCAUCAGACACAUCUUCCAGGGACGAGACCUUCAUUUCUCAUAAUGUAAUUACCCGCUUUCAUUAUUUUAAUAUCUCCCAUACUAUUUUGUUUAACACCAAAGAGACGAAUGUAGAUUAGCCUUUGGCUUCCAAUUUUUGUAUAUUCACAUAUAUUUACACAAUAUGUUAAUUGGGAUUUUAAUAUCUAGGAUUAAGACACGCCCAGUUGAGAAUAACCAAAGACGUGCGGGUUGUACUUCCGCGAGAUUAAAUAUUUUAAUUUCAUCCAUGAAUAAAUUAUAAUCAGAUGCCAAUAUUUUUUAAGUGAAUGGAUGAUUUCAUGAAGACUGAAAAAUUAAAAGGAUAGUAAAUUAAUAAAAUGAAUUUUGAAUGUGUAAAUAAAUUAAGGGGUAUUAAUAUUUCGACAAUGAUUCUGCACUUGUGGGUGACGGUACAAAUGUUCUGUAAGGCAUUUAUAUGUAUACUAUUAAUCAUAAACGUUAACCAUUAUAACUUUUGUAAAUUGUAGAUCCAUUAAAAAAUAUAUACACUUAAAAAAUUAA